AUGAAGAGCACAUCCAAGGAAGAUAGGAUUAAAGCCGACUCCAAGCGACGCGACCUGUUUGUAUUUGUGAGGCAAACCAUGUGUGUAGCGGCCAUGUAUCCUUUCGGAUAUUACGUGAAGGGCUCUGGAGUCCUGGCAGAUCUGGUCAGAGUCUGUGACUUGGCCUACGAACUCCUUAACUACUUCGUAUCGGUGCAUAUAGCCGGCCUGUACAUCUGCACCAUCUACAUCAACUACGGCCAGGGCGACUUGGACUUCUUCGUUAACUGUUUGAUCCAAACUAUUAUUUAUUUGUGGACCAUAGCGAUGAAGCUUUAUUUUCGAAGGAUCAGACCUGGAAAACUGAAUGAAAUUUUGUCCAACAUUAAUGAUGAGUACGAGCCACGUUCUGCUGUAGGAUUCAGUUUCGUCACAAUGGAGGAGUCUUAUCGGAUAUCCAAGCUAUGGAUAAAAACCUAUGUGUAUUGUUGCUACAUCGGCACCAUUUUCUGGCUGGCUCUUCCCAUUGCUUACAGGGAUGGGAGCCUUCCUCUCGCCUGCUGGUAUCCCUUUGACUACACGCAACCUAUUGUCUAUGAGGUAGUAUUCCUUCUUCAGGCGAUGGGACAGAUACAAGUGGCCGCAUCGUUCGCCUCCUCCAGUGGUCUGCAUAUGGUACUUUGUGUCCUGAUAUCUGGGCAAUACGAUGUCCUCUUUUGCAGUCUCAAGAAUGUAUUGGCCAGCAGCUAUGUACUAAUGGGAGCCAAUAUGGCGGAACUGAAUCAAUUGCAGGCUGAGCAAUCUGCGGCUGAUGCCGAGCUAGGUCAAUAUACCUACUCUAUAGAGGAGGAGACCCCUCUGCAAGAACUUCUAAAAGUUGGAAGCUCAAUGGACUUCUCCUCAGCAUUCGGGCUGUCUUUUGUACGGUGCAUUCAGCACCACCGAUACAUAGUGGCGGCCCUGAAAAAAAUUGAGCAUUUCUACAGUCCCAUCUGGUUUGUGAAGAUUGGUGAAGUCACUUUCCUCAUGUGCCUGGUGGCAUUCGUCUCGACGAAGAGCACGUCGGCCAAUUCUUUUAUGCGGAUGGUCUCUUUGGGACAGUACCUGCUCCUAGUUCUCUAUGAGCUCUUUAUCAUCUGCUAUUUCGCGGACAUUGUUUUCCAGAACAGUCAACGAUGUGGUGAAGCCCUGUGGAGAAGUCCAUGGCAGAGACAUUUGAAGGAGGUUUGCAGCGAUUACAUAUUUUUUAUGUUGAAUUCCCGCAGGCAGUUCCAACUAACUGCCGGAAAAAUAACCAAUCUAAACGUGGAUAGGUUCAGAGGGACUAUCACUACUGCCUUCUCGUUUCUCACCUUGCUGCAAAAAAUGGAUUCACGAGAAUAA